AUGACAAUUUUUUAUAUCAUAUUUACUCAAAGGGCUUAUUAGCUUAAUUACUUAGAUUUAUUGUCUUCAGCACCUUAUGAAUUUCAUUAGAUUGUAUUUAUAAUGGGAGUUCAUUUCAUAUAGAUAGUGUGUUUACAAAUUGAUUGCUAAAACUAUUCUUUGUUUCAUUAUGGAUUAAUCUCUUAGCAUUAUUUUAAAUUAAUAUCAAUUCAACCGAAAUAUUACGUAUUAUGCAGUAAUAUAAAACCAAAAAAUGAAGCUAAUAAAUAUAAUUUAGAAUAACUAAUUAUGAAUCUUGAUCAAUAUUAAUCUACAGAAGAGGAUUGGCUUUAUUAAUCAAGGAAUGAAAAUGAACUCUUUGAUAUUUCAUCUUCUCCAAUACAGUUUGGUCGUUAAACCUAUAAGAUUAAACACGAAAAAGAAUUAAACUAUAUAGAUUUUCAUAAUUAGAUAUAAUAGAUUGAAUAACCUUUAGAAGUUCAGGAUUGUAAUCAAAUUUCAAUUGAUUCUAUAAUUCCUUAAAGAAGGAAUAAAAUCAAAAAGAAUAAGAAAAUUAAAAACAAAACAAUUAAAAAUUUAUAUAAAGAAAUAUUUUAAAGAAUUAUCGAAAACACAAGGUCCAAAUAAGAAGCACUUAAAAAAUUAUAAUAAUGUUAGAAUAUGAAAGUCAUGAUAGAUGAGUUGGAAAGAUCUUUGAUGAAAAUUAAGUAUGUUCUUCUUCUAAAAACUAAAACUAAUGAAUGCUGA